ACUAGGUGCGACGAUUGAGUGGGCUUAGCAACUAAUAUCGGCUGAUAGUAGAGAGCGAUUCGAUGGUAGAGCAGGUCAGCAGAGUGGAGCUUCAGAUCGACGACGCCAGAUGGCCUAGGCCUUCAGAGACAGUAGCGCCAGGCAGGGUGGCGCUAGAUCUGCCAGCCAGAGGGGUUUCUGCGGAUGCAAUAGAGAGUCGAUGGUCAUCGACGGUGCUGGCCCCAGACGUAUACCUGUGGAUGUACGUCAUCGAGACAUUCGAGCUGGACAGUCAGAGGUGGCGACGACCUGGCACGACUAGUAUAGAGGUGGUGGGGCACAUCUACUACUCGCCGGAGGUGCUAGCCACGGUCUAUUUUCACGGCCUCGUCCACGAUCCUUGGCGAGAGGAGCAGACCACAAGGACGAUCUUACUGGCUCGAGCGGACUCCGCGCGUGGCGAGGGAGAGCGGCUGCACGGGAGAGUUCAGAGAGUGACGACAACCUUCAGGAUCGGAGGACACUUCCCAUACCCUAGCAGUCGACUGCGUGUCACACUUCUGGGCUUUGUGGCGGAGGAGCUUUGGGGUCUUAGGCGUCUGGGUGAGAUCUACUUUGCGGCUCUUGACUUGGACGGCCUCUGCCGAGGGUACGCUGAUAGGGACUGGGUGCUGUAUGCUCAGUUUGUAGCGGGGCCGCUUGUAGGCGAGCGAGGGCUCCAGUUGAUUGAGUUCCUGCGGGCCAUUGUACCUACUGGGAGCUCUGACCUAUACUCUCUGUACCAACCUCUAGCCUUCUGGACGGCGCUAGAGAGAGAGGCUCAUAGGUCUACAGAUCAUUUAGCUGGAGUAGGGCAGUUGUUAGCCGAGACUCGUGAGGAGAGGCCGGGUCAUCUCAUCUCGACCUGGGAGGUUGAGGAGUAUUACCAGCAAGUAUAUCCAGAGGCUGACGAUCUUGGAUGGUACGCUGAGGAUGGGGAUUGGAAGGACUUCGAUGACAUAGACCCUUGGGGCGACCAGGACCAGGGUUGGGGAGAUCUGGCCCAGGCUGAGGGACAGGAGCAGAUAGGUGGAGAGGCACCGCAGGAGAACGGCUGGGGAUAUCUUCUUCAGGCCGAGGGACAGGAGGACAUCCCUUGGGGACGAGGGGACGAGGAGCUAGAUGAGGAUGGCGAUGUGGGCAUGGCAAACGCAGAGGGGAUGUAGCUUGUGAAGAUUAGUGCGAGUCAGGUGGUAGAAAGGAGAUAGAGAAGAUGGUCGAGACCACGGAUGGGUAGGCAUGCGCCCUCCUUCAUACGAGCUUAUUGGUAUCAGUUGCUUGUUGUGGGGUGGGAGCCUACGAGAGAGGAUAUUGAUAAUGUUAUACGAUCUUUGAACGGAAAGACGAAGAGGGAAUUCCUGCCAUACGAGCUGGUCGCGUACGACUACGUCCAGGGAGGGGGCUUAGAUCCUUGGCGCAUAUAUGUACUUACUUACCACUUUACUAG